UCCGUGCUCGCGUUCUCGGCGGGUACGUACUCCCGUGCGUUCUCGGCGAGUACGUACUCACCGAGAACGCGAGUACGUACUCGCGUACUUGGGCAUUGAUAAACGGCCCACUUUCAGAGGCUUUGUGUCUCGAAAUCUGAUUGGCUAAAACGUAGAACGCUGGUCCUACGUUGCGACGCACGCACAGUUUGGAAGUUUGGCGCGAGCUGAUAAAUGGCGAGAAGAAGACGCUAAAAACACGGAGUUUUCCUCUUUUUAAAAUUGGAACGUUAGGAAAUGCCAUGAUGAAGUACUGAAGCUCUAGGGAAUUCAUUCCAGGGUUACAGCAUUUUAUAGCUGAAGAAUCAAAGCUCUGCAGGCACAGUGGGAGAGCUAAGUUGCUCUGUUAGGGAUGAGAUGGAGUGGUCCAACAACAGAUUGUAUAAAUUACCCCUGUCACGGGCAGCCCAGAAGGUCUUGGCUGCUCUGCGGGCCCAAAGUCUGCGUGGAGCCAGAUGCAACCAAAACUACUCCAGUCAGGCAGUGGAGACGUAUAAUUGCAGCCAGAGGGAGUCUUGGGCUGACAGCAGCUGGAGUCAGGAGGAGAGAUGCACAAAUCAGCCCCAGGUGUCUUCCCUUUCCACCUCUCACUAUAAUUCCUCCAGUGAGAGGCAGAGCGCUCAGACCUUGGCCGUCUAUCAGUACUCACAGACACCAGACAGCUCCCUGUCAUCUCAGGCUUCCUGUUCUUCCUCCUACUGGGAUUUCUCUCUCCAAAUGCAGACUGAAGCCUAUUAUCAGUACUCACAGACGUAUUCCCACAGAAAGUGCUCCGAACCCCCUGCUUACAAGUCCAGCCAGUCUCUGUCAUUUUCUCAGCAUGAGGUUCCUGAGACGCCAGCAACUUUCUGUCAUGGAGACAGAUAUACCCUCUCCUUCCAAAUACCAGAGAGGCUCUCUGAACAUGAAACUACAGCAUGGAGAAACUCAACAAAAGAAAUCAGACCACCUUUCAUCUUGAAUAUAUUUCCAGACGAUGAAGAUCCUGACAUCAUGCUUCCAACAACAGAACAAUCUAAUUGUCAUAAAGAGGAGCCUGCUGCAGUUUGUCAUCCAGUAUCGUCUUGCCUUAAAAUAUAUGUAGGGAGAGAAAGCAAGACAUCAGGUGCACAGACAGAAAAGGCUGGUAAAGAAAGCUGGCAUAUGGCCAGAGAACUACAAGACACCGGAGCUCCAGGAAGUCGAUUAAAAUGGAAGCAGCCUCUAUCUGACCCCACUGAAGCAGCCAGUGGUGGAGCAGGAGACAGAGUUGUGCUAUACCAGCAGUCAGAAUCUGAAACAUUGGGAAGGGCAAUCAACACGGGAAGGGCACAUCUACCCCCUAGCGUCUUUAUUACAAGACAGGAGAACUGUUGUGAUGCACAUUUACCCAAGUUGAUGAGAAAUAUAGUUGGGGAGGAAGAUGACGUGCUGAUAGCAGAUACAGAACAUAUCACUGAGCUGGGAACCAGACAGAUUUCAAACAUAUGCCAUGAAAUUCAAAACGCAGUAAAUGAAGCUGCAAGGAAAGAGAGAGGAAAUCGAGAUGUGAGUGUACUUCAUGCAAAAGGAUCUGCCUAUGAAAUGGAGCGAGUUGUGCCUUUGAGAACCGUCGAAGACACCACAGUUAAAAGUCAUUUGAACUCAUUAGACAUCAGAGACAAUUUUGUUGACAGUGGCACUAAAAGAGAAACACGUGGGGAGAAUGAAGAAAAUGGUUUAGAAGAUAUAGUCAGUGCCUCUGAAGUCAAAGAAACUGAACGCCCCCCUGAUACUGAGAAUAAAGCAACAACAGUUGAACAUGAAAAUCCACAAAAGAUCUCCGUAUCUUUAGGAAGUGGACUCCAGGAUGAGAGCCAAUGCAACACAGCAGAGAACGACCUCACUCAGGAGCAGUCUGAGGCCAGGAGCUUCAGCCUCCAGGACAACAGUGCUGAAAACAUAGAAAAGACAGAGGUGAUGGAGGCCAAAAUGGAAGUUACAUAUAAGAAUAAAACAAUGGCAAACACUGAUCAUCAGAUGGAGCAGGGACAGUGUGAGACACAUGAUGGAAAACUUAAAGAGUUUCUCAGAAUGGACACUGAAGAGGGAAAAGGGGGAGAAGACAGAGAGGCAGAGGAAGUGCCAGCUGUGGACAGUGAUGUUGAGAAUAAAUCUGCAGGGAACUCAGAGGGAGAAAGGGGAGCUAUGCCAACAUUGUCCCAGGAGUGUGGGGCUAAUGGGUCGAGGAUUAGAGCUGCCCGUCUCAGUAGCAGCCAGCAGCAGCAUGACAAUGCAAAAACCACUAAUGGAAGCACCAGAGGGAGGAGCUCGAGCUUGGUACUGGCCCCAACAAUCACUGUUGCGCCUGGGCAAAACCUCUUCUCAGUGCAGGAAUUGACCUCAGCUGCCUUACCAGUUGUAGCACCGAAGAAAGAGUUAGAAAAUCGAAAACUAAAAAGUUCUCCAAGUCAUCCUUGUCUGAAACUUUCCUUCCCCCUAAAGAGGAAACGUGAAGCAUUUCAGCACAAAAACACUGACCCUCCUGCCAAAAUCAGCCUAAGCAGACGCCCUCCAAAAUGGGAGCCUCCUCAAUCCUCACAAGAGAAACCAAGGGAAGGAAGAGUUAGUGAGUGGAAGAGUGCCAGAGAACCACAGGGGAAAGCAAGUCCUUCACACGAAACAAGAGCAGUGUCUGGGGCGUGUACAGAACUAGAUGCCUCAAACCAAACUCAGCAAAACGGGCAGAAUAAAAUGGAAAAACUAUCAAGUGAAUUACCAGGGAAGGCUUCCAUCCACCCCCCACUUUCCAAACCACGCAAACCCAAGCAAGCUGCAUCUGAUACCGACUCCACCACAAGUGGGCCCAAAGGUUUCCAAAAACUAGUUAAUACCAGUGAGCCGCCGACCCAAUCCAAAGCUGGCUGUCUGGCUGCAAGCUUGACAUGUGACUCUAGAGUAAAGUAUUCUGGAAAACUGAAACCAGAUGAGAAGGUGCAGAUGCUUGAGAUCGCUGGGCACGCUAAGGUGUUGGUGCUAACGAUGGUGUACCAAGAUGGAAGCACUCAGUUAGACGCAGAACAGAAGCUCACUCCACCAGUGUGUGGCCUCCUCAUACUAAUGAAGAACGAACUUGACUGCAGCAUGCCGGAGGGUGCGCUCGGCCCAAACGACACUCUGGUCUACUUAAAACUAGAACACACACCUGCAUGGGCCCAACAGCAAGUUCACCAGAGCCAGCACCUCUUUGCUAGAGAUAUGCUGCUACAGGUGCUAUCAAGAUCUCAGCUGGUGGUGUGCUAUAAAGCCAAGGAUUUGCUUCGUACAGUUCUGCAGUUUUACAGACAAGACCUCAGCUGGAAACAAGUGGCAGGCUGUCAUAUCCAGGACCCACAGGUGUCAGGAUGGCUGCUAGAUCCCACAGACCCGUCUUCCUGCUAUCAGGACCUUCUUCAUAAAUACUGCAAAAGACCCCAAACAUUACCCGCCCUGGGUGCCCAGAAAGUUUCUCAGAUAAUCUCAGGUCUCUGUUGGCUCUACAGGCUUAAUAUGAAGCUAUGCUCUGAGCUACAUAGCCAAGGGCUGUGGCAGCUCUACUCAGAUAUGGAGCUUAACAUGAUCCCUGUUCUGGCAGCCAUGGAGAGCCACCGCAUCCAUGUUGAUAAGGAGGCACUAAAGAGAACUUCAGACUUGCUGGGAACUAAAAUGAAACAACUGGAGCAGGAAGCACACCGAGCAGCUGGACAAAUAUUUCUGUUGACCAGCAACACUCAGCUACGAACAGUUCUGUUUGAGAAGCUGCAUCUUCAUGAGCGCUGCGAAAACAAGAAGCUUCCCAAGACCGUUGGCAAACAGCAGCAGUCAACAUCUGAAGCUGCAUUGUUGCAGCUUCAGGACCUGCACCCUCUGCCAAAAAUAAUCCUGGACUACAGGCAGGUUCACAAAAUCAAAUCUACUUUUAUUGAUGGGAUUUUGUCAUGCAUGAUGAGCAAGAACUACAUUUCCUCUACGUGGCACCUGACCAGUGUUGUGACUGGGAGAAUCUCUGCAAAACACCCAAACUUCCAGGCCUUGCCAAGGCAGCCACUUCAAAUCACCAAGAAGCAGUACAUCCAAGGAAAAGAAGAGGAGGUGGUGACUGUGCAUCCUCGGGCCAUGUUCAUUCCUCAGGAGGGCUGGACAUUUCUUGCUGCAGACUUUUGUCAGGUGGAGCUGCGUCUGUUGGCUCACCUGUCCUCUGACCCUGAGCUGCUUCGCAUUUUUACCAACCCGCAGGCCGACGUCUUUACCAUGCUGGCCUCUCAGUGGAAGGGGUUGAGUGAGAAAGAGGUGACAUCUGAGGACAGAGAGCAUGCCAAACGUGUUGUGUACUCUGUUGUUUAUGGAGCAGGCCGCGAGCGUCUGUCGGGUAUCUUGGGGGUGAGCAGUGAGCAGGCCAGCCAAUUCCAGGAUCGCUUCCUCCAGACCUACAGAGACAUCCAGGGCUUCAUCCAGAGAACCAUCCAGCAGAGCCACAAACAAGGUUAUGUGCUGUCUAUUAUGGGUCGCAGACGGAACCUCCCCAAUAUCAACUCCCCAGACUGGGGCAUCCGCAUGCAAGCUGAGAGGCAAGCUGUCAACUUUGUGGUCCAGGGUUCUGCUGCUGAUCUCUGUAAGAUGGCCAUGAUCAGAAUCUUUAACCUGGUCUCCUCCUCCAGCUCGCUGUCUGCCAGGCUUAUAGCUCAGCUCCAUGAUGAGCUUCUGUAUGAAGUGAAGGACUCCCAGGUGCAACAGUUUGCAGCUCUGGUAAGAAGUACCAUGGAGUCGCUACAGCACAUUGAUCAUCUGGGAGUCCAUCUUAAAGUGCCCCUGAAGGUGGCAGUCUCCAGUGGCAAGUCUUGGGGGUCCAUGUCUGAGCUUGACGUCCCUCCAAUGUUCCCCUCUCUUUGAGCGCGUCGCCUCCCUCCCUUCACCUCCUCGACGGCGACGCCUCUCUGUGGAAUCUGCUUCUUCUCACCCUCGAUGAGCUCCUUUCUUCCCCUCAUAGUCUCCUCUUCAUCUUUCUCCCUUUACUUGUCCUGCAUCCUCAUCACUAUGGAAACCAGCCAGCUGAAGCUCCCACUUACUUUCACUCCAUCCGUAUCCGGGGGCAACGGCAGGAGCCUCAGACUGGAUCGCACCAGUUUGGUGUUUUUUUUUUCUUGCUCUCUCUCUCUCUCCAUCCUCCAGAAAAAGAUUCCUUGUCCUCUUCUUCUCCUCCUCCUCAUCUCCUCCUCUGUUUUCUCACUAUUUUCUUAGAUGUUUUUCUGGUCGUUGCCAAGGUGAACACUUCAUGUUUAAGAGAGGGCGUGACAUUUAUCGGUUCAUAAAAUUGUUUCAUGUUUUUUUUGUAAAAAAAGAAGUAGUUAACCUUCUUUAUCUCUCAGUGGUGGUUUAUAGAAAAGACUUCCUUGUAUUUAUUGUUCUUAUGCCUUUUUUGUGUGUGUGUUAAAUAAACCUCGCAUGUUCUUGUAAAUAUCCCCGGUCCCACCGUUUAUCUCCCAUUUUCAUGCAUUUAUUUCUGAAGCUAAUUUGCAUGCUACAUUUUAGCAGCCUCUUCGUGGAUUCAUGUUUACUGAGUCCUUUGAGGGAUAAAUCAUACUUGGAAAAAAGCAUUAAAACCAAAAUGAGCUGCAUUUAAAACAUUUCGUUGUUUUAAUGCCACGAAGCUUCGACGUGUUCAGAGACACUUGUGUGUAAUAAACUUCACCUCGUGUUGGCUGCAUUCAUGACUCAGAGCAGAUGAUCUAAUUUUUCUCUGCUCUUUGCUCUCUGCAGCUCAUCUUUUAUCUGCUCACUUGGCUCCAGCCCACUCGCCCCUUUUGUCUUGUUUUUUUUGCCUCUCACACACACACACGCACACAUUCCACAAAUGCUCGUAUGGACACGUACAUGCGCGCACGUCCACCGACACCCACGCUUUCCAUCCGUGCAGCCGACAUGAAUGCGCUCGCGCACAUUCAGCGGCUUCCAGGCACACUGACCGACUUUCUUUAUCUGUGGCAGCCACAGCGAGACACUUUUUAUAGUGUCCUGCAAUUAAGACCCUUCAAGCCUGCAAAAUGUGUCUGGCAGAACCAUACGCCUUGUGACAAGAUCAACAAAGCCUAACCCCCCCAUUAUGCAUUUGAAAUGUCACAUCACGUUGGCUGCUAAUUGUAGGAGUUGUCGGGACAAAGGUGCAUGUGGAACAUCCAGCAGAUCCAACAUGAGUAGUGUCUUGUCAUGCACUUAAAUUCCUGUAGUUUCCCUUGUUUUUUGUUUUUAUUCCAGGGGAAUCAACCUUCCCUUUUCCGCUCCGUUAGAGAAUUGUUUCUCACCAGGUCAGUCUGAGUAGUUCAGAGCCAGACCAAGGGACAGUGUUAUGGAAAUCUGCCCCUCUAUUCUCUCAUUGUUCUGUGGUUGAAGGGUGAAAGCCCCCCCUCUUCCUCCUCCUUCUCCUCCUCUUUGCGAGGGAAACGAAAGACUGGUAUGUGCAAAUUCAAGAGGACACUCGCACUUUUGGAGUUGUUCAAAGCACGAGGGAGGUAAAACAAACACUUCUUUGUUUUUCCAGAGUGUGUUUUAUUUAGCAGUGUCAGUUGCACAGCAGACUGUGUUGGUAUCCCACUUUUGCUCCACUCUGACUUGGGCUUUGACCUUUGGUUUGAUAGGUUAAAAUGGUCAGGCAGCAGCUCGUGGGGAUGUGUGUCAUAUCUUCUAUUUCUCUCAAAUUAAAAUGAAAAACUUAAUUAGACUUCUUGGACGUUAAUCUCUUUUCCAGGAUGUAAUUGAGGUUAUUGAGUGUGGUCAUUUAACUAAGUGAUAACUUCACCUCAGUGACCUGUGCCAUUAACAGGAGCCGAUCCCGAAUCCCUCUGAAGACUCCAGAUGAGCUUCUCCCUCGCUGCCAGGAGCUGU